AUGUAUAGGAUUUUAUUUAUCAUUUUGUCAACUAAUUUCUGUAUAGUCUUAAAUGAAAUAAAAGACUCAUACAAAAAUAAUUGUGUAGAUGAUGAAUGCACAUUAUGUAGAGCUCAUUACUUUGUUUUUGAAUUACCUUAAGAUAAUGAUAUAUUAGGAUUAAAAUCAGGAUAAAAAAUCUGUGUAGAAUGGUAAUAUUAAACAUUAUAUAAUAUAUAGUCCUUUUUAACAAUUUAUGGAAGAUCUAGAAAAUUUAUAUUGCGGAGAUUGUCUUGAUAAUAGUCAAACAUGGUAAUGAUUUAUGAUUAUAAAAAGGAAUAUAAAAAGAGUUUGCAGUUAUGAUUAUAAAACAUAUAGUACAUAUAACUCAGUAUAUCAUAAAAAGGACAGGUUAUCUAAAGAAUUAUUUUAUGUGGUUGAAUUUUAUUAAGCAAAUAAACCAGAAAAAAUUUAAUAUACAACAAUUAAUUGCAAAGGGUGUGAUCAUUUUUGCAAAGAAAAAUCAUAGGAUUGUUUUUUAGUACCAUAAGAAUUUUAAUAUGAUACUAAUAAUAUGUAUUUCAGUUGUAAAGAAGGAUACUCAUAUAAUUAAUAACGUUAAAUGUGUGAACCUUGUCCAUAGAAUUGUUAUUCAUGUUAUUUAAAUACUUGUUUAAUUUGUAACAAUGGUUUUAGUAAAAUAAUAACUAGAGAAUCUUUAUCAAGUUUAAAAACAAGUACUUCAUGCAUUCCUUGUUUUGAAAAAUGCACAAAUUGUUAUUUUGGUAAAAAUGGCAUAAAUUUGAAUGUUUUACCAUGGGAUUAGUAUAAUAAUAUAGAUGGAUUAUAUACAAAAGAUCUUUAAGAAAAUUAAGGACCUUUUUUUGAUUUAUUAUUUAAUAAAUAUGGAAUAGCAUAAAGAUGUGAAUAAUGUGAAAGUACAUCUUAAUUAACUUAUAUUCCUUCUUUAAAUAGAAGAUCAUGUGUAUAAUGUGGAACUAAAUGUAGACGUUGCGAAUAUUAUUCUUUUUGGUUAAAUUAAAGGUAAUGUUAUUAUUAAUUUAGACCAUCCCGAAAUCCAUUAUGGAUUGUAGAACCAUAAAAUAAAUUAGAAACAUAAGAAUUAUUAGAAUCUUAAUUUGUAUUAAGAUGUCGAGAGUGUUCAAAUUAUCUAUAAAUUUUCAAUGCUAUAGGAACAAAAUGUACUGAUUGUAGUAUAAUUCAUUGCGUUUUAUGCCAUAAAACUGAAAUUCAAAAGUAAAGCAAAAUUCCAUUUUCAACAUUGUCUGUAGAUUUUGAGCCUUAAUAAUUAGAAGGUAUCUAAUAAAAUCAUUUGUAGAUGGUUUUAUGGAAAAAUGUGUUCUUUGUGAAGAUGGUUACUAUUUAACUGAGAAUGGACUAUGUUUAAUAUUUGAUAAUCAGAAUAAACCUAAAGAAGGAUGUUUGAGUUUUGAGAGAUCGUUUGAUACAUAAAAUUGUAGAAAAUGUUAAUAGGAUUAUAUUCUAUACUAAAAUUAAACAAAUUAAGUAUGGGUUUGUAAGAAGGGUUGUGGGGAAAUCUUAUAAGAUCCAAAUUGUGAAUCAUGUAUUUAAUAAAAAGAUUAUUAUCGAUGUUAAAUUUGUAAAGUUGGAUAUUAUGUUGAUAGUGUAACUAAGAAAUGUAAGUCUUGUUCAGCUGAUGAUUAUUGUCUUAAAUGUUAUACUUUAACAUUAAAUGUUGUUCAUCAUCCAGAAUAUUAUGAUAGUUAUUAUGAUGAGGAUUCUAAAGAUAAUAUAAUAUAUGGUCCAUUUUGUUAUUAAUGUAUACCUGAAGAUAAAGUUGAGAAUAAAGAUGAAAAUAUAGAGAAUUCAAAUAAUUAUAAGAUUGGACCAUUUUUGAAUGAGGAUUUAAGGAAAUGUGAAAAAGGUGGAAAAAAAUGUAAAGAUUUUUUAGCUAAAGGGAACAAAGGAUUUUGUGAUUAAUGUAUUAAAGAUAAAAUAAGAAGUUCUUCUGAAGAUGGUAAUGAUUGUAUUGAUUGUCCUGAUGCAACUAUUGGAUGCAGAGUUAGGAAUUAAAAUGAAAUUAAUCAAUUAAAUAGAUUUUAUAAUCCUUCAUUUGAAAAUUAAAUUUAUUCCACUUUAGCUUUUAAAUGUGAUGGAGAUGAUCAAUUACAUUUAAUUACUGAAUUUGGUAGAUGCAUUAAAAGUGAUAUCACAAAAGAACGAAAAUAUAUUAUUGAUGUGAUUGCUGAUUGUUCAAUUAAUUAACAAGAAGAUAAAUUACUUUGGAAAAUUAACAAUCUAUAUUAAAAUUAAAAAAAUGAUAAUUUAUCAAUAGAUAAAUCAUUAUCUAAAAAUGCUACAAUCAUUCUUGAAACUAAAUCAUACAAAAAUGAUGAUUCAAAAUAAGAUAUCUUAAAUGUUACAAAAUUAUAUUAAGAAUUAAAUUUUAAUAUUAGUAAUAAGAUAAUAAUUAAUCUUAAUUUUAAAUCAGAUUUUAAAAGUUGUUACUUUCAAAAAGAUACUUACUUUACUACUGAUAUUAAAAAAUAAGUAUUAUCAGCUCAAUCAAUAGAACUUAAUAUUUAAGUGGAAAAUAAUGAAAGAAUUAAUUGGUAUGUUUAAAGUAAUAUUUAUUUUGAAUAUUUCUCAAAAAUUACCAUAACCGGAAUCAACAUUUAACCAGCUGUUGAUUGUGAUUUGUUCCCAUAAAUUAAAAAACUUUUCUAACCAUUCAGUUUGUAAUUUAUUUUAAAUGAUGGUCUAAUCAUUAAUUUAUAGAAUAUUACUAUCUACAAUUAUGCUGCAUCCAAAUUUUAUUCUGAUAAAAAUCUCUAUACAACUCCUUAUAGUUAAAUGUCAAUAUUAAAGAAAAAGUUUACUCCAUUCUAUUUCAUAUUUACAAAUACAUAUGAUUUAUUCUUUAACAAUGUUGUCAUUUAAUCUUUAAAUUACUUGAUAUUGCAAGAUACAAAUAUUAAAUAGAGAUUAUUUGAAUUUUUAUAUGAUUAAAACAUGACAUUUCCAUAUUUUAACUUUAACAUUAAUAAUGUUAGAUUCUUUGAUCUUGGAUUUGAAGAAUAAGCUAUAUUUGAUUUAAAAUAAUGUAAUGUAAUAAAAAAGGCUUAAAUAAAUAUUAAGAUUAAUAUUUAAUCAGUCAGUUUUAAUGAUGUAUAUUUUGUUAAUGGAGCAGGAUUUCUUAGCACAACAGUGAAAAAUAGUUUAAAUGGAUUUAUUUAAAUUAAAAAUUUAAUAGUAAAUAAUACAAGAUUUAAUCAUUCUAUAGGAAUUGUUAAUUUUAAUAAUAUGGAAAAGAUUACUGUAUUUUAAUUUAAUAUAUUAAAUUCAUUUGUGAAUCAUACAAACUUAUUUCAUAUUACAAAUAUUGAAAUUGCAAAUAGUUCUGUUAAGAAUACUUAAUUUAGUUCAAAAGGAAGAAUGAUUUAAACAUAACAUGAAUUAUAAUCUAAUCCAUUGAUUGGACCUAAUUAAUUAAGUUUGAAACUUUAGAUAGAAUCAAUAAAAUUUGAAUAAGUUAUAUGUUCAACUCCUUAAUGUUUAAUAUCAAUUACUAAAAUAAAAAAUGUUUAUGAUAUUCCUAUCAAUAUUACAAUUAAAAAUAUUGAAAUCUUUUAAAUAAAUACUUAAGGAUUUGAUGUUAAAAUAAUGAAUGCAACAACAAGUGCAGCAAUAAAAAUAGAGAAGAGUUAUUCAGUAUUUGUUUAGGAUUUUUUGAGUGUAGAAAAUUCAAAUUUAUCAAUCUUAUAUGUUGAUUAAGUUUGGAAGAGUAAAUUUUAAAACAUUCAUUGUCAUUAAGUUAAAAAUGUAUUUAUUAAGAAUAAUUAUUGUUUGUUUAUUGAUAACCCAUAUAAAUCAGUGAGAUUAUUUAAUGUAAAAUUAUAGAAUUUGAAUGCAUAAGACAAUUCAUUUAUAGGUAUAUCAUCUUGGAAUAAUUUAAUAUAUAAUACAACAACAAAAGAUUAUGAAGAAUUAAUAAAACUAGAAUAAAUUUUAGUAUAAUAUUGUACAGUAACAACAACAUAACCUGGAAUUCCAUCAUCUGCUAUAAUAAUAUAAUCUACAUAAUCUUAAAUAUUGUAAUUAAGUUAUAUGUAGUUUUUAUCAAAUAAGCAUUUUAUGAAGAUACCAGGAAGUCUUAGUCCAAGUAAUCCAACUUUUUUAUUAUAAAGUAGUUUAGGAAAGUUGGAAUUAAUGAAUAGUAAAUGGUUAUUCAAUUCAGUUGAAGGAUAUGCAGCUACUUUAUAUUUAGAAGCAGGUAUUCAAAAUAUUAGAAAUGUUAUUAUGGCAAAUAAUAAUGAUCAAUUAUCUUAAUUAAAUUCAGAUAAAGAUUUAAAUACUGAAGGUGGACAUUUAAUGAUAUUAUCAUAUUAAGCAAUAGUGGAUAAUUGUACAUUUUAAAAUUCAACUGCUAAAUAAGGAGGAAGUAUUUACAUAAGAGCAUUAAAAGAAGGACAGAUAUUAAUAAAGAAUACUUCUUUUAAAGUCUCAAGAACUUUAUUAAAUAGUUCUUUUGAUUCUAAAGGAGGAUGCCUUUAUGUUGAUUCUAGAGCAUCUCAAUUAAAUAUGACAAUUAUCUAAUCAAAUUUUGAAGAUUGUGUUUCAAGAUAAGAAGGAGGUGCUAUUUAUAUUUUAAGUUUAUAAUCUUAAUAGUAAUUAUUUAUAUAAGACUCAUCAUUUUCUAAUUGUUUAUCCUUAAGUGGAACUAUCUUAAAACUUACUUAUGAUAUGAAUUAAAAUUAGACUUAAUAAACUAAAAUGGUUAAUAUUAAUAUUGAAGCUAACUAAGAAAAUUAUGAAAACUUUUUUAGUUAAUUGGGAGAAAUCUAAGAAACAGAAAAAUAUUUAUUUUUAACAAGAACAUCUGCUAUUGAAUAAGAUUAUGGAGAAAUCAUUUUAGUUAAUGUCAAAUCAUAAGGGUUAAUAUAUUAAGGUUUCUUAUCCAUUAAAAAUCCAUCACUUAUAAAAUUAUCUCAAAUUAUUAUUUAAAAUUAGAUUUUAUCAUUUAAUCCGUCAAUUGAGAUUAUAGAACCUAUCUAAAAUAAAGUUAUUAUUGAUACUGUUAAAUUUGCAAAUAUAUCUUCAAUCAGUUUAGAAAAUAUUAAAUGUUUACCUAAAACAAAAGAAUUAAUUUGUUUAAUACUAUAAAUAAGAGUUGAUUUCUCAUAUAUUUAGAUUCGACCUUCAUUAAUGAUGAUUGAUAUGAUUACUCCAUAGACUUUUCUAACUUUAAAAAGUAUUUUAAUCAAUAAAAUAUUCUGUACAGAAUGUAUACAUGGUUUAGUUUAGAUUGUUAGAGUUUCAAAUAUAGCAUUAUAAUAAUCUGUUUUAAUUGAUUAAUGUAGAUGUACUGAUACAUUGACAUCUUAUUAUGGUUGUUUUACAAUAACAACUGAAUCUUAUUUUAAAAUAUAGAAAACUUAAGAUUUAUUAUAUAAUUUUACAAUCAAAUCUAAUUUGACAAAAGAAGCUAUAAUUAAAUAUACAGGAAUAUUACCUUCAAUUGAAUUAUUUUAAAUUUAUCAAUAAAAUCAAAGAAUAUUAGAAAAUCAAUAAAAUCAAAGAAUAUUAGAAAAUUAAGAAAAUCAAUAAAAUUAAAGAAUAUUAGAAAAUUAAGAAGAAUACUUUUAAUAUGUUGUCCCAAAUCCAUCCUAUUUAUCACAUAUACUAAUUAAAUAAUUAUUCAUUUAAAAUAAUACUUGUAUGCAUGGAUGUGGUUUAUCUAUAUAUGAAUUAACAACCAAUCUUACUAAUGCAUAUUGUACUUAAAAUUAUGCUUCAGGUAGAGGAGGUUGCAUUUACUUUGAAUCUUAAAUCCAAUAACGUAUCAAUAUGGCUUAAUCUAAUUGCUUUUAUAAUAAAGCUUCUAUUGGUGGAUGUAUAACUCUAUAAGGAGUUUAUAUAAAUAAUUUAACUAGGGCAGGAAAUCAAAUUACUAGAAAUAAUGCUACCAUGUUUGGUAACAAUAUUAAUACAUCUCCAUAAUAAAUGGCUAUUUUAGUUGAUUAAAUUAAACAAACAAUUAUUUAAUUAGAAAAUGGAAUUGAAUUUGUUGCAUCUCCUAUUAUCAUGCAAAGUGGAUAUAAAUUAAGUACUUAUAAAAAUCAAAGCAUUUAAAUCUAGUAUUUAGAUGAAGAAUAAUUAGAAAUGAAAUAUUAAUAUCCUGCUACUUUAACAUAUUUUACAGAUACUUUUGAUAACAACACAAUACAAUAACAAAAUUGUGAAAUUUAUCCUAUUUCUAAUAGUUCAAGUAUUAUUAAAAAAUAUACUACAUAAUUUGAUAAUGUAAUAUAGGGUUUCUAAUUAUCUGAUAUUUCUAUUUGUUUUAAUCCAAACUUGAAUAAAAACAUAAAUCUCACUCUAUUAAGUAGUCAUAUUAAAUAGCCAGUUUAUGUUGAUGAAUAUCCUUAUUCAUUUAAGGAAUAUUAAAAAAAAUAAUAUUUUGUAAUAAUCAAAUUUUAACCACUACAUUGUCGACUUGGAGAAUAUUAUAUUGAAUUAAGGUAAAUGUGUGUAGUUUGUCCAAAGAAUUACUACUCUUUAAAAUAAAAUACAUCAUGUUUUAGAAUAGAUGAAUCUAAAAUGAAAAACACAACUGGAUUUCAUAUAUAUUUAUAUGAGGGUUUUUGGAGACCUGAUCCAUAUAAUGAUUAAGUUGAAUCUUGCAUUAAAAAAAUGGAUAAAUGUAUUGGAGGUUUUAAUGUGGGAAAUUAACUAUGUACAACAGGAUCAAUAGGAGCUUUAUGUGAAAAUUGUGAUAUCCAUUCUAUUAUUUGGGAAGACAGUUAUUUUUUAAAUUGGCAUUCUGAAUGCCAAAAAUGUGAUACCUGUACAAUAUAUUUAGUAGACCCUUUAGUGAUUAUUACAUAAAUUAUCAUUAUCUUGAUUUUGGCGUAUAUUGCACUUAAAAGUUAAGAAAAAAAUAUUUUGUAUUUUUUAGAUAAAAUACUUAAAUUAAGAGCUAAAAAAUCUUUUAUAUAAAGAUUUCCUUUUGUUUUAAUGAUAUUAAUAAACCAUUUGUAAUUCCUUUCAUUUUUAAGGUUUUUAAAUUUAGAAGACAAGAAUUUCAAUACUUUUAUAGCCUUCAAUUCUAUGGCUAUGCCUGCAUUUAGUUUAAAAAUACAUCUAUAAUGCAUUUCUGAGGAUAAUCUAUACUAUGUAAUUUUAUAUUCUCUAUCAAUAAUUUUGGGUGGAAGUUUAUGUAUUUUUUUUAUCUUCAAAUUAAGAAAUAAGAACAUUUUCUCCUUUUUUAAUUUCAUAAUAUUAGUUUUUAUUUAUAUUUAGCCUGGCUAUUUAAUUGAACUAAUUAAUUUAAUUAAUUAUAGAAAAAUAUCAGGAACUAAGUACAAUUACUCAAAUAUAUCUUAUCAAUUUGAUGAUAAUUAUAAUUGGAGAUAUAAUCUUAUUCUUUUAAUUUUAAUUGGAGUUGUAUUAGCACCAAUUAUAUUUUGUGUUUAUAUUUAUUUUAAAUUUGUUCCUACCAAAUAUAAAAAUUUAAAAGUCUUGAACAGAAUUGGAAUUAUUUACUCAAAUUAUUCUAAAAAGGCAUUUAUCAUAUAAUUUAUAUUCAGAUAAAUUAAAUUGUUAACAUUUAUUUUAUUAUCCAUGAAUGAAACAUUGGUAAAUAAUUUAUUAGAUAUUUUUAGUUUUUUUUGAUCCCAAUUUUUUGUCUUUCCUUAAUCAUGUUUAGUCAAUAGAGUCUGUUUGGCUCAAAUAAGUAAUAUCCAUAUAAAUGGUAAUUAAUAAAUAAACUGGACGAAAUAUCUAACAAUUUAAUUAUUCUUUCAUAUGUUAUCUCUGCCCUUUUUAAUUAGAAAGAUAUUGGAUUUACAAACUUACCAAAAAUCAUCAUUCUUUUUGUAUUCAAUUUAUUUUUUUUUAUCUAUUUUUUUAUCUAAUUAUACCGAUAAAAGGUAUCUCUUUUUUUAGAGGAAAAUUAUGUUAAGGAGAAGCUUAAGAAGAAGCAUAAUUUAAGGAAAAAAUUUAAGUCAAUAUAUGAAAACUGGAAAAUUUUAUAAUAACCUAUAAGAUAUGAUGUCUAUUUAAAUAACAUACUUUAUGAGAAUUAAAAAAUAGCUUUAUAGAAUGAGUAAGCAGAAAUUUAGAAUAAGUAAGCAGUAAUUUAGAAUAAGUAAGCAGAAGUUAAGAAUAAGUAAGCAGAUAUUUAGAAUAAGUAAGCAGUAAUUUAGAAUAAGUAAGCAGUAAUUUAGAAUAAGUAAGCAGAAAUUUAGAAUAAGUAAGCAGUAAUUUAGAAUCAGUAAGCAGUAAUUUAGAAUCAGUAAGCAAUAAUUGAGAAUCAGUAAGCAGUAAUUUAGAAUAAGUAAGCAGUAAUUUAGAAUCAGUAAGCAGUAAUUUAGAAUCAGUAAGCAAUAAUUGAGAAUCAGUAAGCAAGAAUUGAGAAUCAGUAAGCAGUAAUUCAGAAUCAGUAAGCAAUAAUUGAGAAUCAGUAAGCAAGAAUUGAGAAUCAGUAAGCAGUAAUUCAGAAUCAGUAAGCAAUAAUUGAGAAUCAGUAAGCAGCAAUUCAGAAUCAGUAAGCAAUAAUUGAGAAUGAGCAAGCAAUAAUUUAGAAUUAGUAAGCAAUAAUUGAGAAUCAGUAAGCAAUAAUUGAGAAUCAGUAAGCAGUAAUUUAGAAUAAGCAAACAAUAAUUGAGAAUGAGCAAGCAAUAAUUUAGAAUCAGUAAGCAAUAAUUGAGAAUGAGCAAGCAAUAAUUGAGAAUAAGCAAGCAAUAAUUGAGAAUUAGAAACGAAUACAAUUAUGA